AUGGCGGCUCCCGUUCUCCCCGUAGCGCCGCUGGCGCCCUCGCACCUGUCGCCCUUCAUCUCCGCCCGCCGGAGGUCCUCGUCGGCCUCCUCCGACCCGCCGCGUCGCCGCGGGACGGGCCCGUCGGUGCGCGCGUCGUCGUCGGCAGCGGCGGCGGUGACGAGCGGGUGGGCGCCGGACAGCUGGAGGGCGCGGCCGGCGCGGCAGAUCCCGAAGUACCCGGACGCAGCGGCGCUUGGGGAGGCUGAGCGCACGCUGGCGUCCUUCCCGCCGCUGGUGUUUGCGGGGGAGACGCGGACGCUGGAGGAGCGCCUCGGGGAGGCGGCCAUGGGCCGGGCGUUCCUCCUGCAGGGCGGCGACUGCGCCGAGAGCUUCAAGGAGUUCGGCGCCAACAACAUCCGCGAUACCUUCCGCCUCAUGCUCCAGAUGGCCGUCGUCCUCACCUUCGGGGGGCAGAUGCCCAUCGUCAAGGUUGGAAGGAUGGCAGGCCAAUUUGCAAAGCCAAGAUCGAACCCAAUCGAGACUAGAGAUGGAGUGACACUGCCGUCCUAUCAAGGGGACAUCAUCAACAACGACGAUUUCGAUGAGAAAUCGCGUGCACCAAACCCUCAAAGGUUGAUUAGAGCCUACAGUCAGUCUGCGAGCACCCUGAAUCUUUUGAGAGCAUUUGCCCAUGGAGGAUAUGCUGAUCUUCAGAGAGUCACCGAGUGGAACCUCGACUUUCUGAGGCACAGCACGCAGGGAGACAGGUAUGGGGAGCUUGCCCAGAGGGUUCAUGAUGCCAUCGGGUUCAUGCUUGCUGCUGGUCUGCCUCCUCAGCAUCCCAUGAUGACCACAGCUGAAUUCUGGACAUCCCAUGAGUGCCUUCACUUGCCAUAUGAGCAGGCACUGACCAGGGAGGACUCCACUUCUGGCCUCUAUUACGACUGCUCUGCACACAUGCUCUGGGUUGGGGAGAGAACUAGGCAGCUGGAUGGUGCUCAUGUUGAAUUCCUCCGCGGUAUUUCCAAUCCUGUCGGCAUAAAGGUGAGUGAUAAGCUUGAUUCAUCGGAGCUUGUGAAACUCUGUGAGAUUUUGAAUCCUCACAACAAGCCCGGGAGGCUGACACUUAUCACAAGGAUGGGGGCCGAGAACAUGCGUGCCAAGCUCCCCCAUAUGAUCAGAGCCGUGCGUCAAGCAGGGCUGAUUGUCACCUGGGUCAGCGAUCCCAUGCACGGGAACACCAUCAGCGCACCUUGCGGGCUCAAGACAAGAUCAUUCGAUGCAAUCCGGGCUGAGCUUCGGGCUUUCUUUGAUGUCCAUGAGCAAGAGGGGAGCUACCCCGGAGGGGUUCACCUAGAGAUGACAGGGCAGAACGUUACAGAGUGCAUUGGUGGAUCCAACACAGUGACCUUCGACGAUCUCAGUUCCCGCUACCGCACGCACUGCGACCCCAGGCUGAACGCAUCGCAGUCGCUUGAGCUGGCCUUUGCCAUUGCCGAGAGGCUAAGGAAGAAGAGAGACAGGACAUGGACUAGCCUGAUAUAUAAAGUAGAAGCUUAA